AUGAAAUUAUUUUUUAAAGUUGUCGACAUAAUGAAAAUUACUAUCAAAUUUGGGGAUAACACUUUUGAACUCAACGUUGAGCCGAAUACAAAAGUAAAAGAUCUCAAAGAUGAAGUAGCUCGAAUAACACUGGUGCCCCCUCAUCUACAGAAAUUAAGUUUGUUCAGUUCAGGAGCAAGAGUAUUUGAUAAAUAGAUUUUGCUUCCGACUUCAUCGAAAAUCUCACUAUUCAAUGUGCAAAAUGGGAGUCAAAUCUUUUUAGAAGCUGUAAAAUUUACUUACCUUAGGAUUUGAUUAUUUUAUAACUAAAUGCUAAAGUAUGGAUUUCUAAUGUCUAAAAUUUAUAAUAGCUUAUAUACCACGCAAUUUAAUUUAAGGAAAUGGACCAUAAAUUACUUAAAAAUUAGUUAGAAAUUAUGACUUAAAAUAAAAUUAAAAAUAAUUAUAAUGCUAGAGUUAGAAAACAACAGAAAACCCUAUAGUUCCUCAAGCAGGUUCCGAAGAAACCCCCAAAGUAGUAAGAAGGCACUCUGUUCAGCCUGUAUUCAACCCAGCGCCAGCAGCUUCAACUGAAAAGAAAGGUUCUCUUACUCCUACUCCUCAUAUAGAAAGCAUCCAAGAAACAGAAGAAAUCGAAAACCCAAGCGUAGACUAUGAACCCUGGCUGACUCAAUGUGUCAUCGCUUGUCAAGAAGGAAAAGUCCGUGAUUUAUUUUCAGUCCUCAAAGACUACAUGAGAACUCGCAAUAUGAGAGUGCUAGUAGAAGACAUUACAGAACUAUUGAACUCUCCUCAUAAUGGAAAAUGAAGUUGCAUCCAUUUUGCUUGCUAUAUGGGUCAUGCAAAUAUUGUAAAAGAGUUAAUAGAAUUAGGUGCAAACUGCAACAUUGAAACUGAUGACCAUUGGACUCCCUUGCAAAUAGCUUGCUAUCAAGGACAUAAGUCAAGUUAUAAGUUAUGCUGGACAUAAGUGGGUAAAUCCCAGUAGCAGUCGCCUAUCUUGGCUCCAAAAGGUCACUCUUGAUUUCCUAAUGAAAACAUCUGUCCAAGGGAUGGUUUCAUAGGGAAGGGCCACGAUGUUAAGUGCCUCGAUAGUAGUGAUAGAAAAAAAACCCAUGUGGUAGAUAAAACCUGUCUAGCCGAUCUGACAGGGACAGAAAAUCCUUCGAGGGAGGAACAAAACUUCCCUGUACGGCAAGGCAUUCCUAAACCCUAAAGGCCUACUAUAAAAGGAACAGAGACCCUACUUUUAAUUUCAUCAGGAUCGGUCCAUAAGGAGUGCGCCUCGGAGUCCUAUUUCCGUCAACGUCACAAUUUUACUUAAGGGUAUAAGGAAUGUGUAGAAAUGCUACUUAACCAACCAUAUGUGCAAAUUAAUAAAAUGACUGCAGAAAGAGGAACUGGACUUCAUUUAGCUUCAUUAAUGGGGUAUACAGAAAUUGUUAGGGUGCUUCUUGAUCGGAAAGCUGCUAUAAAAUUAGAAGAUCCUUAUGGGAAGACCGCAUUAGAGCUGGCAACUAAUAUAGAAAUCGCAGAACUGAUACCAAAAUACAUUGGAGAAGAGCUAUUAGAAAAAUACGGCAAGAAAACAGAAGAGCGGCCUUCAGGGUUUACAGGCGAAGUCUAUUCGAUUUCCUCUUGGCAAAUCAAUGACAAGCUGGUAUUUCUAGUAAUUGACACCCAAAAUGGGACUUUCGUACAUUAUAAUACGAAAAACGCGUAUUUAGAAGGCUCUCAGCCUGACAUUAUAAUACCCUUCAUUGAUAUCCAAGAAGUAAAAAGUGUGACUUCUACCAUGUCUGAAGGCAAAUUCUAUUUUAUUGUAAGCACUCGUGAUAUCACCUUAAAGUACUAUACAGCCUCUAAAGACAAAUCAGCAGAAUGAAUAAGCCGAUUAUACGAGUGCAUCAACUUCUUUCACUUAUACAUCCAUCACCCAGAAAACAAAGAAUGGCUGGAAACUCAAGAAGAAAACCGAGUCCCUAUGCAAAUGUCAAGCUUUGAACACCGGCUCAGCUUUGAAGAAGAAGCCGUGGAAUAUGAUGAAGGAAGACAUAUUAAUGAAAAUAGUUUUGAUGUCAUUGAAGAAAUUGGUUCUGGGAGCUUUGGACAUGUAUACAAGGUCAUUAAAAAGGACAGUCAAGAAACUUAUGCACUAAAAGUACUUAAUAAGCCUAUGCUGAAGUCAAAAAAGCAGCUGAGGUAUGCUAUUGCUGAGUGCAAGAUAUUAAAGUCUAUAAGACAUCCUUUUAUUAUACCGAUAUAUUGGGCGUUUCAGACAAAUCGGCACUUGUUUAUGACUUUAGAGUACUGUCCUAAUGGAGAUUUAUCGUUGAUUUUAGAGCAUGCUCACUAUUUGAGCACGGCUAUCUCAAAGUUUUAUAUAGCUGAAAUUAUAUUGGCGAUAGAACAUUUGCAUUCGCUAGACAUUGUGUAUCGUGAUCUGAAGCCUCAGAAUAUUUUGGUUGAUGAAGUAGGGCAUAUCAGACUUGCUGAUUUUGGCUUAGCAAAAGAAAAUGUGACUGAAUCUAACCCAGCCAUGUCAUUUUGUGGAUCACCCGCUUAUCUGCCACCUGAACUUCUUGCUCAAACUGGAGCUUGGAAACCUGCAGAUGUUUACUGCAUUGGUGCAAAUUUAUAUGAGAUGCUUGUAGGUCAGCCUCCAUUUUAUACAGAAAAUAUCACUGUCUUAUAUCAGCGAAUCUCUAAGUCAAAAAUAAUAUUCCCAGAGCCCAUGGACUCAGAUGCUAAAGACUUGAUUAAUUUAGUAAUGAAAAAAAAUCCAGAAGAACGCCCAACAAUUCAGCAAGUAAAGCAACAUAACUUUUUCAGAGACAUUAAUUGGGACAACCUUCUAGCCAAAAAAAUUGACCCUCCUAUCAGCCAAGAUGACUUUAAGAAGUUAAAGCUCCUAAAAGAAAAGAAAAAACAAAAGCGAUAA